AUGUGUAACUAUACAAGUAUGCCUGCCUGCUGCCGGUGGCAUCCAAUAGCAGCAUGUUCUGCUGGUGCUGUGCAGCCUGUUAGGCUUUCACGGCUUGCCCGACCAACAACAAGCACGGUUAGCCCGUGGGAGGCCUACAACUCGUACGCAAGUACAUAUCAAGGUCCAGCUGCAUUUCGUUUUAUGGUCUGGUUGCUUUCGCGACUAUCAGUACAACUGAUAUUCGAGCUGUUAUACAAUUUCUCUCUAUUCCAUAACGACGUACGCCGACGUACAUCCAAACGCAUUUUAUCAGGAGGAUAUGAUUACACGUACGACAUGAACAUAGAAGAAGCAUCAAAAUUGUCGCCCAAAGACAUACAAUAUGUGGUGGAGAACAUAUUUUUGCCUCCAAAGCUCCCACAGAAUGGUGAUGAUGCCUCUAUUGUGUCUCACGAGGCUUCCAUGCUAGCUAUCGUCGCCGAUGCGCUUCAGGAAUUCAGCACUACCAUCCAGCAAAGCGAUAGGAUUGCAAUUGAUGGGGCGGCAAAGGCCGUCCAGCGUUUUCGUAAGAUCGUUGAUGGAAGCGGAUUCUUGAAUGAAGACAUGCUACGCGAGGGAUUCGGUGACCUUGAGAAGAAUGGGGGUUUCUUGCUGCUUCAUGUGAGGGCACAGAAUGCCGGCAUAGUCAUAACUUGCGACAAAGAUACCGCUGUGUUUGAACCUUUCGAACUGUCGCCAGAGAACGAAAGGGUAAUGGCCAUCUCGGGACGCCUCAAACGCUCUUUUCCAGCUUCUUCAACAGCUUUAAGCCUCGAGGUAUUCAACCAAGAGCAAUGCCAAGCGGGUCUUGCAAACACAAUUGCGACAAUGAGUCAUCAAGAAGUGUCUGAGAUGAAGCCAAAGAUAACCAAGGCUGGUAACCAACAUAUUGAGGAAAGAGACACCACCACUCCAGCAAUUGUAACUGAUUUCUUGGUAGCUGGUCUAAGCGCUAUUGGCCGGCCGUCUCAAGGAUCUAGAAUUUGGAAGAAUACUCGGGAAGAAGUUCUCUGGUCUGGCGCCUAUUCGCCGUGGCGUAGGUCUCCAGUCUGGCUACUUGUUCGCGUGGCAAUCCAGCUGUACCUCUCACGCUUAGCUUCAAACAAAGGGCUAUACAAGGAGUUUAUGGUAUUCUUGAUGGCCUAUAUCUUGCAGUGUUGUGAGGGCCAUGACCUCCCCAGCGAUAUAUUCCACUGCAUGAUGGCCAAGAUAUCCAAGCGCCUGAUCAAAAUUGACCAGAAUCAAGCCUAUCCAUGGAUUGGGACAGUUGAGAGAGUUUUGCGCAAUUGUCAAAGUCGAAAUGAAGAGAGAUGGAAUGUUAUUAUGCGAAAAAAUGAAACUCCUGUGGAUAUUCAUCCAUUGUCGGCCAACGAGACCUCACAAGGGAGGUUUGUAACAUGCCAAACGCUUGACGAAUUUCUUGAGCAAAUUUACAGCCGACAAGUAAUAGAGGCUGACAAAGAUUUUACGCCACCAUGGAUCUUGUCAAAGAAUGAUAAAGACUACUUACCAUCUCUUGAGGCUGUUAGCCCCAACGAUCACAGCACAAUUCCUUUCUAUCUAUCCGCGUUUGAAACCUGGAUCGAAAGUUCUCUGUAUACUUGGUUGGACUCUCAUAUUUUGCGUCAAGAUACAUGCGAGAUGCUUUACAAUUCUACUAAAGCCUAUCAUCAUCUUGCGCUGAGCCAAUACCAUGAGGAUCCGGAAAGUCUUUCCAUCAUGUUGCUAGUCAUUAUGGAGCUAUGGGUUGCUUGCGACAAAGCCGCUACCCAGCAUCAUCCACUCAUAUUGAACUACAGGUCGGAAAUGCCUCAUGAACUACUGCAGUCUCUCAUCUUGCCACUUAGAGGGCAGAUGGAACGACUAAAAACAGUGGAAGAUUAUCUGGAAGAACGCCGCGCUCGAGCCUAUUUCUCAUACCCCUCCAUCUUCCACUCGUUUGGGCACAUGCAUUCUUUUUCGGUCCAAUAUUUUCAGAGUUCUCCAGCCCAUAAGACUUUGCUUCAGGACAUUGAGCAAGAAGCGGAAUCGGUGCGACAGAGAAAAAAGGACGAGUUUUCGAGGCUUAAAAAUGAAUACGAAAACUGGAUGAAUCUCUAUAACGGCACUAGCCAUGACUUUGAGGAUGUAGUGGACUGGAAGACGGGGGUUUCAAAUUCUGAGCACAGCUCUUCCUGCACGAAAUGCAUUUACUUGAAUAGGGCUGAAAAACUGCACAUUGACAUUUAUGAAUGGCCCCUUCCCGAGAAGAAGCUCGACGCGCAAUCAACGGUUUUUGAGUUGAGGGUGCCAAAAUGCUUCAAUGACUGGCGUAAUAUGUCAUCAUUCUGUCGAGUUGAUGUCUUGGGGUCACUCUAUGGUAGUGGCAGUCAGCCUGCUGAUUGGACCUUGGGCAGUUACCUGACGUCUUAUUACGAUAACAUCGCCCGUACGAUAAUUCUCGCGUCCACCACGAAACCAAAUGCACAUACUCACAGGAAAACCAAGCUGGUUAAAACUGCAGUGUUGCAAGAUGUGUUGGUGGCGAAUGGCAUGAGAUACGAGUAUUACGAUACUGAGCAACGUUGCUACAUAUCCGGGGUUCACUGUACAGACGAAGUUCCCAAAAUGUGCACCUACACUCUUUCACAGCAGUGCGCCAGCCUCCAAGACUUCAUUUUCCGGCCUCACAAUGAACCAAACGGAUUGACGCCAAACCAUGUCAUUUCGCGACAAUCAAUGUGCCCAGAUCAUCUUUCCCUUGAGGAAUUCAAGGCCAUGGCCAGUAUUCCGGUUGGAUACCGCGUUGGAUGGAAGAACAUCCUAGUGAGCCUCCAUACACCAGCACUGGAUUUCAGAAAGCUUGAUACAGUAUUGAUUCUGCUGCAAACCAGCCGACAAGCUGGGCCUCCGUUACCGGAAUCUGCCCUCAGAGGGAGCCACCAGGAUCUGGACGAUGAAAAUUUCGCUGCCACGCUCCUGAAAGGUCUUCGGCUAGCAGUGGCCAGAAUCAGCGAAAAUUGGGAAUCCUUCCAAGCACUGUAUGCUUUCAUCUCGCUCGCAACAAGACUGCUGUCUUGGGCACCAUGUCUGGCUAUAUCGCGCGAUUGUGUAUCCUUCAUUGGAGAUUGUCGGAAAGUGGCCCUUGUGUGGCUCCGCAGCCUGCAGGACCGAGUGAAAGAAGCCCAAGAUGAAACACAACGGAUAGAGCUUAUUGAAAGAGUGUUCCAAGUAGCUCUGGUGUGUAUGAGCUCCUUUCAUGUUGACGAUGCGCAUCUACGGCAGAUUGUGAAAACUCCGGAAGAGGCUUGUAUAAUGAUCGAGUCAUCGAUUGCUAUUCAGUCAACCAUGCAAUUCGCGAUGAAGCCGGAAGAUGCGUUUUACCGUAGCGCAACUAAUCGCUGGCAUCAGUGCAUGCACCAGGCUCAUCAAUUGUACAUUGAAGAGAUACGAUGUGGCCGUAGCUCGUGGCUAGACGAAGCCAUUGCAAAUACUUGGUCAACAUAUCCUGGCGGUAGAGAAUGGACAACUCUUUCUACCGCAGCCGAUCACUGGCUUGUGACACGAACGGUGGCUGCAAACAGACUUGGGUCUUUGAACGUAUAUUUCAACCUCUUAACGGCUGAGCUGCUUGUCAACGGAUUGCCAUUGUCGCGACUGCCAGCGGAAUACGAGAGGCAUCAAAGUUACGAAACAUAUUUCGGAAGAUCGAUGGUGGAAGUAAUGCCGACAGAGAUGCCUGGUAUGCAAUUUUCCUCAAAAGGGGCUUACCACGACUGCAAAAUAUAUCUUGGUCUUAGUGGUCCUGAAAAUCAAGACCUUCUCUUGGUGGCGGUUAGGGCAGGAGAUAUGGAACAAGAGGAAACGUUUGACCUCAUUCCACCAAGAGUCUUCGAUCAAAUAUUACCAAGACACUUCAUCGACGAUUAUUCUCAUUGGUACCGUCGGAGAACGGGCGAGAUCGAGUUUCGACCAAAGUCCUCGCCUUGGGAUUUACCGUCAGAGUAUUGGAGAAUGAGGAAGCUGGAGCUAUCCUUGAACUCAGGGUGGGUUAUGGAGAAAAGUGGCCAGUUUCUCCUUGGCCUCACUGACGUGGCGGUGCAACGCCUUCAUAAGCUGUUGGCUCCGCUUGAAAACUCAGACUACAUCCACGUCAUUGCCAACUCAGACUCCAACCGGGUUGACAUUGAAUUACCGAGGUUUCAGCUAGAGUUUUGGUAUAAUCAAGGAUCAGAUAAGAUCUACAGUCGCCAAUUUCGCGAUAUGCAUAUAGAUUCUUGUCAAAACAUUGAUGCAUUGAUUGGGCUUGAGAGCAAAUUAGUCUUGACAGAUGGUCUGCAAAGGCGAAAGCUUCUCCUACCAAGCGGCAAAGCGAAGUGGCACGACUCUGAGGGUCAUAUCCGCGUCUUCAUUCCUUAUGGAAUUUCCGAAAAAGUCCAUUUCUACGAUGUUGACACGCUCUUAGGGCGGAUUGUGGACAAUGGGAGCUUGCAGAGCAAGCUGAUAAUCUGCUAUCUCCAUGCUCUCACUUCAUAUUGCCUUCCUGACCCUCUGACUAGAAUGACUGGCACGGAAACAGCUCUCACGAUCCUUAAUUCAGGAGCGGUUAGAUCAUUCCAGUGCUUAUCAGAGGAAAACCUUGAACGUCUUGACUGCAUAGCAAAACUAUCUCCUAUCAGACACUACUAUCCAGAUUACCUGAGAGUAAUGGAAAGCACUUCAUGGGAUCCUUGUCUGAGUAGCCUGUCCCAGCACAUUGGGUUCCAUAGGUCUGUCCAGUCAAUCCUAUGCCAGUCCGCAUCUUUUAAAUUUUUCUACCCUGGCACUUAUAUUGGACCACCGGUUCUUGACAGGGUGGACCCGUUACUCGAAGAACGUCAAGUAAUCCGAUCUUCCUGUUUUCACCUUUUUGGAUUCGGCGCUGAAGACUACACCUGUUCCAAAGAUGUCCCUUAUCAUGGGCGUGAUAGGCUUUCGCUUUCCGACAGAUGUAAUCGUUCCUUUAAAAUAGCCAAAUCUCUGUUCACAAUGAAGGCCAAUCUUUUUGAAGCUAUUCCAUCCAACUUUGCAGACACUCUUUGGCCCUACCUUUCUAAGAGCGACAGCAUGCCAGGCCCAGACACCCCGCUGCCUGACAGUCUUAUCUCUUAUGAUGCGAAAUGGCUGGAAGAUGCUAGUCCCCUUCUCAGCUCACACUGGUGCCAGCUCUACCACGCUCUGGGAAGAAAACAAAAUGAGAUGAACACGAUUCAGGCUAUGUUCUGUCUUGCUGCAAUGGGCUAUUCCGAGUCCUGUAAUUUACAGGUUAUACAAAUCCUUGUCGCAUGCGCAAUCAUGUCGCCUGUUGGAGGUAUAACUGUACCUGAUUCUCAAUCCUAUCAAUUGUCUGACGGUCACAAGGCUGCCUCAGACUGGUUGCAGACUGUUGCUAGGUGCAAUGCCAAGCCAUUCUCAGACUCCCCUGAUUCUCACAUGAGCCCUUACAACAGGGAAUCCACGUCAAGCUUAAGAAAUAGGCGCUACCAAAAUUUCCAUCAAAAUUUGGACGCGGCUGUAAUGGACUUUUCAUCUUCUUUGCAAAGCCAAUGGAUUUGCCAAAACCCGCAAAAUCCAUCUAGUUACACUAUUCUGACGUAUAUUUAUUACGAGCGAGCCAUGGAAACCGUGCGAAAGAGGUGGAUCAGCUGGCUCUCCAAUAGCCGCCUGUAUGAUCACUUUGUUGAGAUAGUGGAUGUCCUUCGACGUUAUUCUAUUGCAGCGAUUGACUGGGAUCCACCUAUUGAAACACCAUUAAUCCCCAUGCAAUCAGCCAAACGGAGAUUUUUUAACGAUUGCCAUCUUUUCGAAAUCUUCGAUCCUGUGCUACCGCAACCGGUCAUCCAGGGUACUAAUCUAGAGCUUUUGAGUUAUACUGCCGAUCGCCCCAAAAACUAUUCCAAUGGGGCGGCUCUUGUAGAGCGACUACAACGGGACACUGCGCGACAUAAUCAUCAGUCCAACUAUGUAUCAGAUCUCGAAAAGAGUUUUGAGAAGUUGAGCCUUCAAGAUCAUCAGUAUUUUAUUAAAACUUCUGGCGACGAUCUUGUUGAUGAAUUGGACAGGAAUUUACAACGUUGCAAAGAGGAUGCAGACCGGGUUUACCAUGCUUUGGCGACAGCUAUGCGACCCAGCACUGGCAAUGCGCCAGACACCGAGGCAACGCUGGCAAUAUCGCUUUUCAUGGCACCUAGGGUCUCUCCAGCCUUUUUCCUGCGGCAAUUGGCGAGCCCAUGGUGGAACGAAAUAUCUGAUCAGUGGAAACAGGCUAUCGUCGACUAUGGGCUGGCAUUGUCCAGACUACAGCGCGCUAAACGCAUGAGAUACUUGCACGACAACCAGGAUGACCUUAUGAAAGAGCUACUCAAUGUUGGUCAUCGCAACUGGCAACCUCUUGAUUACCCCAAGUCUCUGCUACUAGAAAUCGAAAGCGAUAUCUUAAUCCGGGAGAAUCAAGAAAGUGUAGCCGCAAAUAUGAGGACACCUCCGAAUGACAAGAAUGUCACGAUGCAGCUAAAUAUGGGCGAAGGGAAAUCAUCCAUCAUUGUGCCUGCUAUAGCAGCCCACUUGGCAAACGGAUCUCGACUUGUACGGGUUAUUGUUACAAAGCCACAGGCGAAGGAACUCCACCGCAUUCUUGUCACCAAAUUAGGCGGAUGGUUGGGCAAACGGGUGUACUAUAUGCCCUUUUCUCGGUCUUUAAGACUGACGGCAAACGACACCAUAUCGUUGGACAGUAUUUAUAGAGAUUGCAUGAAGUCAGGUGGUGUCCUUCUCGCACAGCCAGAACACAUACUUUCUCAAAAGCUCAUGGGCAUCGAAUGCCUUAUUUCUGGACGGGAAGAAGUUGGACGCGUUUUGUUGGAUACACAACGAUUUCUGGACAGCAACACUAGAGAUAUCGUCGACGAAAGUGACGAGAAUUUCAGUGUAAAAUUUGAACUAAUUUACACGAUGGGAGCUCAAGGGCCAAUUGAGCUCAGCCCUGACCGCUGGAUUCUCAUUCAAAAAGUGCUAAGUCUCGUGGCGCGAAUAGUGCCACAGAUACAGAAGAGCUUCCCAGAUUCUAUCGAAGUCAAUUACCAUGCUGAAGGAUGCUUCCCCAAAACGCGUAUACUUCGACAGGACGCCCUAGACAGUCUGUUGAACCAACUGUCUCACGAAAUAUGCAACGUCGGGCUUCCUAGUUUUCCGGUUGUUCACCAGCAGAAAAGCACACGAGAUGCUGUGCUCAAGUACAUCUCAACUGCCCUUCUCUCCUCUGAACAGAUAACCUCAGUGCAACAAUGUUCUUGUUUUUAUACUGAGUUGACCAAAGGGCCGUUGCUUCUCCUCAGAGGCCUUAUAGCAGAGGGUAUAUUAGGAUUCGUUUUCGAGCAGAAGCGAUGGAGAGUCAACUAUGGGCUUGCUCCGAUCCGGCAGCCAGCUACGAGACUCGCUGUUCCCUACCGAGCAAAGGACAGCCCAACUCCACGAUCCGAAUUUAGUCAUGUAGAUGUUGUUAUUAUACUCACAUGUUUGAGCUACUACUAUGGAGGAUUAUCUAACGAUGACCUCUUUUUGUGUUUCGAACAUCUAAUGAAGUUGGACCAAGCUGAAAACGAAUAUUCGGAGUGGGUCCAGUUUGCUCCAAGUCUUCCCGAGUCAUUCCAUCGCCUCGUCGGAGUGAACAUCAAAGACCGUUACCAAGUCACCCAUCAUCUUUUCCCUCAUCUCCGGUACUCAAAAAACGUAAUUGAUUACUUCCUAGCGCAUAUCAUCUUUCCUAAAGAGAUGAAGGAAUUUCCAGAAAAGCUUUCCGCUUCCGGCUGGGACAUUGGACAGCGAAAGAUUCACCCUACAACAGGAUUCAGCGGCACCAAUGAUUCACGUAAUCUUUUGCCUCUUGAGAUUCAACAGUUGGAUCUUGACGAUCAGCUACACACCAAUGCCUUGGUCCUUGAAAGGUUGUUACAGCCUGAGAAUAGCGUUGUACUUAUGCUAAGAUCAAAGGAAGAAGCACCGUCGGGCAACGCAUUCUUAAAAUUUGCUCGGUCUCUAGAUCCCCCGGUUCAUGUCAUUCUUGAUGUUGGAGCACAGAUAAUUGAACUCACCAAUAUCCAGGUCGCCCAAGAAUGGCUAAAGAUUGUCCCUGCCGAAAAAGAGAAGGAAGCUGUGGUAUUUUUCGACGAUGCAGAUGAAUUAUGCACUAUAGAUCGCAAGGGAUACGUGGAAAAGCUGCAAACAUCUCCUUAUUCUUGUCGACUGGAUCUUUGUCUCGUUUACCUUGACGAAGCUCACACUAGAGGAACAGACCUCAAGCUUCCGACUGGCUACAGAGCUGCGGUUACUCUGGGUCCUAAUCUGACCAAAGAUAGAUUAGUACAAGCAUGUAUGAGAAUGCGGAAACUUGGCCAAGGCCAAUCCGUCGUAUUUUGUGUACCAGAGGAGAUCCAGACAAAGAUUUGCUCGGCAACUGGCCUCUCAGGUAGCAACAAGAUUAGCGUUAUGAAUGUCUUGCAUUGGGCAAUUUUAGAGACGUACGCCGACACGAGGCGAAAUAUGCCGCUGUGGGCCAUGCAAGGACAGAGAUUUGAGCGUCAAAAGGCUAUAUGGGGCGAAGUGAACGAUCAAAAGUCACGCCAGUUAUCCUUGGACGAAGCAAAAAUGCUUCUCGAAGUUGAGGCGCAGUCGAUGGAAGAGAGAUACAGCCCUCGUUUGAUGGCGCAUACGAGCCCCAAUAUACCUUCUUCAUCGGAAAACCGCGCUAUGUUGGAAAUACAAGCGCGAUGCAAGCAAUUCGAUUGCUUGGGAAGUCAGCAAUCAACUCUUCUUGAAGAACAAGAGCGAGAAUUGUCACCAGAGAUGGAGCAAGAACGACAGGUACAAAGGCCACAUCCCGCUGAUCCGAAAAAACAUUCGCUGCAUCCCGAUGUUGUUGGAUUUAUUGAAUCUGGCAAAAUACCCUCUUCAUCUCCAGCAUUUAUACCUGCUUUUCAGACUCUAUGGAACACUAGUGCAGCAAACAGUUUCGACGUCAAAGAGUUUCCAGAAAGCAUUGUUACGACACUGGAUUACAAGGACACUGUUGCUCUGAGUGGGGACGCCCCAUUGCUGGAUUCUUAUCAGCGGCCAGUGCAAUGGAUAUUAAGUACCACUGGAAAUCACAAUACGGUUCAGCGCUUGGUGAUCAUCAGUCCCCAUGAAGCUCAGGAGCUGAUGCCAUCUAUCAAGACUUCAAAUCAUGUAACACUUCACCUAUACGCCCCCCGACCAAACCUAGCCUUUUCGCCACUGGAUUCACUGACACUCUACCCAACACCGCUUCUCGGGAGAGAUUGGCAGCUGCCGUCUUCUAUGAGACUACUGUUAAAUAUCUUCUCCGGCCAAUUAUAUUUCGCUUCCUAUGCCGACUAUAAAGAGACAUGCAAAAUGUUGAGUAUAGCAUGGCAAGCAACAGAGAACGGAGCAAUCGUGCAAGCGGAUGGAUUUAUCCCUUCUAGGGCUCGUGAUUUGGACGGAAUAUUCACAAAGAGUCCUGUUAAGUUCCUAAAAGUUCUUCUGACAAAGAUUCGUCGAGACUGCGAGGGGAUAGACAAAACGCACUGGGGGAGAAUUUUUUCGGGCGAGACAUUGCGCAUGGAAGACUUUGGCACAGAAACAGCUGGUUGAAGGAUCAGGGAAGUGG